AUGAAAGGUCCUAAUGCGGUCCACGAGGCCACUUCCGCCUGUGUAGACCUCGUGCCAACACCACCCACUGCUUGGAGCCCAGAUUUUGUUUUCAGCUUUCUGCUAAGAUGGUCCGCGCGCGGAGGCCCGUCGCUGUGCUGCGUUCCCACGCCGCGCGCCGCGUACUCGCGCCCGCCUGCGGCCCUUAGCCUGAGGCCGAACCAGCAGCUCGCGGGCCGCCCUGGUUGCCCCGCCCCGCGGCCUGCCAUGCGCCGCGAGCCGCGCCCCGCCGCCGGCGGCCCGCCGCCCACGCCCGUUGCCUGCGCCCGUGGCUGGCCGCGGCCCGCAGGCCAGGCACGCCGUAGCUCCCGCGGCGCCCCAGCGUCGGAGCUCGCCCGAGUCCGGACGCGCCACACCGUGCCCGCGGCCAGCGCCGCCGCGCCCGCCCACGCCAGCACCCGCGGCAGCCCGCGCCCCAAGCCCUCGCCCGCGCCACGGCCUCCUCGCAACACGUGUGCAGUUAUUGAGGAAUAA